CACUUCCUCUUUUGAGCAUCAAUAUAAACUAGGCAGAAAAUGCCUCCCCUGUCAGACCUGCUUCACCACCAAUCAUUUGAUCUCAGCUUCAACAUGGCACUGCGACCUUCUUUACUGCUGGCAGUCACUGCAGUCUGCUGCUUCACAAUCAUCAUUGCACUCCCAAUGGAUGGCUUUGCUACCGAAAAUAAGUGCAAGUGUCAGACCACCACUUCAUCUAGAAUCCCACCUCGGCUCUUCCAGAAGAUUGAGAUCCUGCCUGCAGGCGCACACUGCCGCAAGGCCGAGAUCAUAAUCACUAAAAAGGACAACCAAGCUGUUUGUUUACAUCCUGAAGCACGAUGGGUCAAAGAAAUGGUCUCAAAAAUUAUAAGCAAAAGAGCUGAAAGGGAAACUGCCGUGCCAACUGUGGCAUAAAUCAACACACACAAGACCAACCACAAGAAUGAUAUUUUCCAUUUUUUUAUCUUUCCCUUUGGUUUGCUCAGCCAACUCGAAUGUAUUGAAUGUUAUCUGUAUUUACUGUAUGAAUCACAAAUCUUCAAAAUGUUGCUAUGAUACUGGAAUGUAUUCAAAAUCUGUCUACCGUUUUGAAAUAAAAAAACGCACAACCUUCUUUAAAAUAACAUCUUUAUUGCCUUUGAGUUUGGGACAUGUUUUUUCGUUUAGCAUUUAGUGUAUUACAAAUAAGCUUCAUGAAGGAGCAUUUUCAGUUGCAAAACGCACAAAACAACAAGUUCUGUUCUCAUAUCAUCACCAAUCAUGUGUUCAAAGACUAAACAAGGUUUACAAAACAUGUAUUCCAGAAGAAACUGCAUGAAAAAAGUCUCAAAAGUCAAUGAGAAAAGCCAUCUUUGUGUUGUGGAACUUCUUUUUUAUAGGGGUUUUCUAUUCAUUGUACAUGGGGUCUCUUUGCAAAAUGUUCCUUUACAAUAAUACAUGUCUGUCAUUAAUUAGUGUCUCAACAAGACUCAACCCCCAUAGUGCAUGCUUUUACUAUAUAUUAAACUAUAUAUAUUAUUAUACAAACACUGCAUGUUCAGCAAUCUGGAUUUCAAUCUGAGCACUCGGAAUACAUUUGUAGGAAAUAUGCUUUGAUGUGAAUUUUUGUUAGGAUUACAUGAAAGGUUUUUAAAAUGUAUUAAAAAAAA